AUGGCUGGGGCAGAACUGUUUUUGGCAGAUGGCAAUCAGGAGUUAUUUCCCUGUGAAGUCUGUGGAAGACGCUUUGCAGCAGAUGUUCUGGAAAGGCAUGAACCAAUAUGUAGAAAACUCUUCAACAAAAAACGUAAGCCUUUCAAUUCCUUGAAACAAAGAUUACAGGGCACUGACAUCCCUACUGUGAGGAAGGCUCCUCAAUCCAAGUCUCAACCUGUGAGGAAAUCUAACUGGAGACAACAACAUGAAGACUUCAUUAAUGCAAUUAGAUCAGCAAAGCAGUGUACAAUAGCUAUUAAAGAAGGCCGGCCCCUCCCACCUCCACCCCCUCCAUCUAUCAAUCCAGAUUAUAUUCAAUGCCCCUAUUGCAUGAGGAGGUUUAAUGAGACCGCAGCCCAACGACAUAUUAAUUUCUGCAAGGAUCAGUCUUCUCGCCGAGUCUUCAUUCCUGCCCAGACAGCAGCCAAGCUGGCAUCCAGAGCUCAGGGUAGGGCUCAGAUGGGUCCCAAAAAGGAACCAACUGUUACUAGUGCUGUGGGAGCUUUGCUACAGAACAGGGCUCUGGAGGCCAUGAAUGGAGGAGUCUCAACCAGGUCAGGAUUGGCUAUGGAUCCUGCUUCUGGAGUAAAACUCAAACAAGGAUUCAGUAAAUCUUCUAAAAAAGAUUAA